AUGCCCCACAGGUCAACGGCUAACCUGGCUCGUAAGCGACGUUUCACAAAUCUGCAUCUUUCAAGGCAAAGGAUUCUUACAUAACCGCCAGCAACCGGUCACUUGCAGCCGUAUGAAACGGCUUUUUAACCAGAUAGCCUGGACAUUGCGGGCAACAAAACGGCCACGCCAUCCGCUUUCGGCUACAGGACUUUCGACUUGGGGCGCUUCCUACGAUGAACCAUGAACAGAGUCAGGAACGCAGAAUCGCUGGAGCUUUACAAGGUAGCGAGUCAACGACGAAGCCAGUGAUUGGAUCAGCUCGACCAGCCUGGCUUGAAUGUGGAUCUUCACCUGAUGGACGAUGUCGACUUUACCCGUUCAGAUGGUCCCACGUUGGGUUCGAUGUUGGCUGUUCUCCGGGGCCUAGGUCCCCGGAUGAGCAGAUCAACGCGUGCUCGCAUUUGUUUUAACUGGCGUUAUUCAAGGGUCCCAGAAACUGUCGAUGGAGGGAGUUGGCUGCUUCGACGGUCCGACGAACCGCCCAGGAGAUACACAUUCAUUUAUACCACUUCAGGUCGCAGUUCCAUCCCCACACAGCUUGGCCAAAGGCGCAAUCAGCGGAUGCUGUUUCCUCUAAAGGGGGAAGAGAAAAGAAAGAAAAAAAAAUUAAGACAGUCCCGCUCCACUGGAAAAUCUGGGGAAGACACGAAUCUGCUCCAUCCAGAUCUGAGACAGCGCGAUCAAGAUGAAGUGCAGUCCACUCAACUUGAUCCUGCUCUUCACGGGCUUCGUCUCGCUUGUCGAUGCGCAGAACUCGACAGACAUAGCUGCGUUACUACAGGAGCUUCAAAAUAACCUACCGUCAUGCGCUUUCAACUGCAUCGUACAGGAAGUGCCUAAGUCGACGUGUGCGCUGACGGACUUUGGCUGCAUUUGCAACAAUGUCGCCCUCAACGACGCCAUCUUGGCGUGCCUGCAGCCUACUUGCACCGUCGUCGAGCAGCUCCAGACGCAGAAGUUUGUCAAGUCGACGUGCGGCGCUUCGGUGCGCAACAUCACGCACCGAACCACAUCCAUCACCUGGUCUUUCUACUCGCUCGCCGUGCUGGCCGUGUUCCUGCGACUGCUCGGUCGCAUGCCCUGGUUUGGAGGCGAGUACUCGUGGGACGACUACACCAUUGUGCUGUGUCUACUGGCCUUAACUCCUUGCUGUGUUAUUGCGCAGCUUAUGGUGAACAACGGCUUGGGCCGCGACAUUUGGGAGCUUACGCAGCAUGAAAUCAACAAUGUGUUGUUUUACUUCUUCAUUGAGGAAUUUCUUUACACCUUCCUUGUUGUUUUCACCAAGAUAUCAAUCUUGCUCCUCUACCUACGCAUCUUCACUAGCAAACAGUUCAAAUGGCAGUGCGGAAUCUUGAUCACCAUCGUCGCUUGCUUCGGCAUCUCGUGCAUCGUGUCAACCGGUCUGUACUGUCGACCAAUUGACUACGUGUGGUUGGGGUGGGACGGCCAGCAUAAGGCGACGUGCGUUGACAUCAAUGCGCAAACCUACUCUCUGGCUGGCAUAAACAUGACGCUGGACAUUAUCAUCUUCAUCCUCCCCAUACCGCAGCUGUGGGGCCUUCAGAUGCACAUUAAGAAGAAGAUUGCCGUCGCAUCCAUGUUCGCGGUCGGUAUCUUCGUGACCGCUUGCAGCAUCGUUCGUUUGGGAACCAUUCUCAAAUGGGGCAAGUCUGUAAAUCCAACGUACGACUACACCAAUCUUGCCAUCUGGUCCCUCAUCGAGAUCACGACCGGUGUCAUCUGCGCUUGCAUGCCGGGCAUGGCCAAUCUCUUGCGACGAGCCGUGCCGAGGGUAUUCGGCACGACAGUCAAGCACUCAUAUCCGAGCUCGGGAGACGGAAGCAACAACUCGUACGGCAAGUUCAGCAGCGGACAGACUCCACAAAAGAUCGUUUCGAAGACGACCGUCUCGGUCUCGUAUACCGGUCGGAACAAAGUGCCCGACAACAACAGUACGAAGAGCGACGAGCUGGAGCUGACACCUCCCACCGCAUACAAGCAGCACGAGAACUACACGAGGUAUUCGGAGGAGACAGGCAACGAGGACCGCAAGUAUGGUUAUACUGCGUGACCAUAUUAAGAACACAUCUCUUUCGCUAGAAACAAAAAGAGAUCACUUGUCGAAGACAUCUGUUCAUGAUGAGAGUAUUCUCGACGCCUUCCAGCGCUGUCACUGCAUUUUUUGCAUUCAUCUUGAAAAAAGAAAAGCGAAAAAGAACUACAGAUCACUUCCAGAUGAAGAUGUUACGAUACCCCCUGCAGAAUCCAGAGUUUGAUUACGUCCCUCG